AUAUAAUAAGGUCUAAAACGAGCAUUGUGUGAAGCUUCGAACGUUUCCAGUGGUGGUUUGUGUCAAAGAAGAAUCAAAGAACGACAACGAGGAAGAAGAGACCGGAAUAGAGUUGAUUGUGUCGGAGAACCGAACGUCACAUCGUUUAUUUCUCACUGAACCAGAAAUGAGUCGCCUACCAGGAUCUUCUUCCCUUAAACGGAAACGACCAGAUUUGACAGACGGGGAGGAUGUAGUCUAUAAACUCAUUCAUAGCAAGGAAAACAUGGGGAUUUGGAUAGCUGACAUUAAGCGAGAAACAAAGAUGUCGGACAAUAUGGUCAAAAAAUGCAUUAAGUCGCUUCAAGACAAGAAUCUUGUAAAGGAGGUUGUUAACAUCCAAAGCAGAGGAAAGAAGCACUACAUGGCAGUAGAUUUUGAACCUUCCAAGGAACUCACUGGUGGGGAUUGGUAUACCGAUGGGAAAUUUGAUACAGAUUUCAUAAACGCUGCAAAGGAUGUGUUCUUGAAGUAUGUUUUCAAGCAGAAAGUGGCUACUUGUGAUGGAGUUUUGGAGUGGACCAGAAAGAACGCGGUCUUCAGUGUUGAUGUCACAGCGCAGCAAGUAGAGGAGAUUUUGCGAGCCUUGGUUUUGGAUGAUGAGAUCAUAGAGGUGGAGAGCACUGGAAAGGAGGAAUUUGCAUCUGUUCCUAAAGGCAAAAUCUGUUACAAAAGCAAAGGCGGCGUUAGAGGGGAGAAGAAAGCUGGUGCCAUGGCCUCCAUUCCUUGCGGUGUUUGUCCGAGAAUCAUCAAAUGCGCACCAGAUGCAGAUGGCUUUAUCUCCCCAAGAACUUGUGACUAUUUUGAGAAAUGGUUAGACUUCUAAAUGAGUCUAAUGCCAAUUUGUUAGUGAAGACUGCAACUAUUUUGUAUUUAUUUGACUUAUAUUAUUCAAUUUAUCAAAGAUCCCUCUGCAUUAAAAUGAAAGCUUUCAAUUUGAAUUGACUCAAUUAUUUCAAUAGUUUCACAUAAGGAUCACACAGGUUGAAGGUUUUUUUCAGUAAUACGGGUUGGUGCUCAUCCUUGUCAGAGUAACCUUUUCUUUGUACAAUCAUUUUGUGAAUCUAUUUGCCAACCUUAUGCG